AUGUCUGUCGAGCAACCUCAGAAGGUCUUGGGCAUGCCGCCCUUCUUGGCCGACUUCUUGAUGGGUGGUGUUUCCGCCGCCGUCUCGAAGACUGCCGCCGCUCCCAUUGAGCGUGUCAAGCUCCUCAUCCAGAACCAGGAUGAGAUGCUUAAGACCGGUCGUCUCGACCGCAAGUACGCCGGUAUUGGUGACUGCUUCAAGCGCACCAUGGCUGACGAGGGUGUCAUGUCCCUCUGGCGAGGAAACACCGCCAACGUCAUCCGAUACUUCCCUACCCAGGCUCUGAACUUCGCUUUCCGUGACAAGUUCAAGAAGCUCUUCGGUUACAAGAAGGACAAGGAUGGCUACGCCAUGUGGAUGGUUGGUAACCUGGCCUCCGGUGGUGCCGCUGGUGCCACUUCGCUGCUGUUCGUCUACUCUCUGGACUACGCCCGUACCCGUCUUGCCAACGAUGCCAAGAACGCCAAGUCCGGUGGUGACCGUCAGUUCAACGGUCUCGUCGACGUCUACAAGAAGACCCUCGCCUCUGACGGUAUUGCCGGUCUCUACCGUGGUUUCAUGCCCUCCGUCGCUGGUAUUGUUGUCUACCGUGGUCUCUACUUCGGUAUGUACGACUCUAUCAAGCCCGUCGUCCUCACCGGAAACCUCCAGGGUAACUUCCUUGCCUCUUUCGCCCUUGGUUGGGUCGUCACCACCGGUGCCGGUAUCGCCUCUUACCCUCUUGACACCAUCCGUCGUCGCAUGAUGAUGACCUCCGGUGAGGCCGUCAAGUACAAGAACACCAUGGAUGCUGCCCGCCAGAUCGUCGCCAAGGAGGGUGUCAAGUCUCUCUUCAAGGGUGCUGGUGCCAACAUUCUCCGUGGUGUUGCCGGUGCUGGUGUCCUUUCCAUCUACGAUCAGCUCCAGGUCCUCCUCUUCGGCAAGGCCUUCAAGUAA